CACUGGCACGAAGAGUAUCCCGACUGUUCUGGAGUGAUGCAAUCACCUGUUGCCAUUGAAUCGAAAAAAGCAACAUAUGACGUCAGCCUGCUGCAGUUUGGAUUUAAGGGAUUUUCUGAACGAGUGCAUGCAAAUAUGACGAUGAAAAACAAUGGACACACUGUUCAAGUGGACAUUGUGGAUACGUCAUUGAGAACACACGGAGGUGGAGUGACUGGUGGAUACAAGCCUGUACAGUUUCAUUUCCAUUGGGGAGCAGACAAUUCCAAAGGCUCUGAACAUGUUAUUGACAACCACCAUUAUCCGAUGGAGAUGCAUAUAGUCCAUUAUUCUGAUAGGUUCCAGAAGAUCGAAGAUGCUAUUGAUAAACCAGAUGGUCUUUUGGUCUUGGGAUUUUUCUUUGAGGUAAAUAUUAACAUAUACAAAAUGAAAUGA